AGAUAUUAACGAAUGUACAACUGGUUCGCAUACUUGUCAUAUUAAUGCUGAUUGUACAAACAAUGCUGGAUCAUACACCUGCAUGUGCAAGAAUGGGUUUACAGGGAAUGGUAGAGCUUGUGAUGGUAAGUAGACGUAGUUCCCGAUCGAGUGCUUACUGUGUAUGUUAAGGUGACUCGUUACGUGCAAAAUUUAAACAUACGUCACCUGUUUUUCAAGAAAUUAAUUUUUAAAUAUAUAUAUAUAUAUAUAUAUAUAUAUAUAUAUAUAUAUAUAUAUAUAUAUAUAUAUAUAUAUAUAUAUAUAUAUAUAUAUAUAUAUAUGCAACACGCAGAAUGGAGCGAGGCCGCGAGUAAGUCACCACGUCAGGUCAUAUUGGAAUUUCUUUAGUUGAUAUUCCCGCUGAAACGAAUGAUCACGCGAGUUUGUUCAUAUGGCAUAAAUAUUUGUUUUCGCAAUUCUUGUAUAAGGAUUUUGUAGGGAUAACUAUAUCGAGCCACCUUCAACGAGUAUGUUAUACAGCGUUUCAGAAAAAAUCCUUUCAAGCGUGCCCAACAGUAUUGGCCCAACAUCAUGCAACAGCGUUGAAAUAUUUGCUUUAACUGCUUAGUUUUCUAUAAAAUCAUAAGAUUUAUCCAAAUUGAAAAUUUGUACUUCGAUCAGCUAUUUAAAACUUGGCAACUUGCUUGAUGAUAUUGAGAACAAACCUUGCACCACACAGAAAUCCUAGCCAGUGCACUUACGAGAGGCAUUCAAAAAUUGACGUGUUUCACUUGUUUUAUUUCAGAGAUAAAUGAAUGUGAUGAAAAUUCUAAUUUAUGUCCGAGCAACACGAUUUGUGAAAACACCUAUGCAUCAUAUCGCUGCAACUGUCCACGUGGUCAGAAUUACAUCGACCAAGUGUGCACAGGUAAACGAGUUAUCCAAACUUUACCAUUUUUUGAUAAUUUAAUUCAUCGUGUGCUGAAAUAUACUCUUUAAUUAAAUUAAUCUGCUAUAAGAAGAACCCUGCAUUGAUUAAUUAAUGGUGGGUGUUGAGUCUGUAAGUUGCGGUCAUUUAAAUUUCAACAUAAACCAUUCGAGCAAAUUCUGGUGAGGCCUGUCGUCUUUGUACUAGUUCUUGUUUCUUUCGCGGUACGGCCAGUUUCUAAUAUUUUAAGUUCAGUGAUGCCGCCGAGGGGAGGCGAGCUAUGUUUUUCACAGUGUAGUUUUAGAUACUUAAUGAUUCAAGCACGUUAUACGUGAAAGAACAGCCGGAAAAUAAGUAAAACACACACCAAAUUAUUGUGGGAGAAUGGGAUCAGGGUGAAGUGAACCAAUUAUAACAUUAACACAUAUACUCUGGUCAACCCAAAGACUCAUUAAGCAUUAUGUUUUCGUCGCGUAGGGGUAUAUGUUAAACCUUCUAUGAGUGACUGGAUGCCCUAGGGGUGAUAGGGCCCUGUCAGACUGGUAGCGAACGCUUCUGAACCAAGGGGUGAUAACCUCCUUGGACAGUAUAUACCUACAAUUCGACUGAUUAUAUUUGCCGUAAAUAACCUUUGUUCUGUUGAGUCUAUGGGCCUGAAGAUGACCAUUGCAUUAGAGCAGCUUUCCCACAAAGCUUUUAUCUUACAAGUUCUUCUUAAUCACUUAUCACUGCAUAAAUGGUUAUCAUUGCACACUAAUAUUAGGUCUCUCGGGCAUUUCGUGAACUAGUAUUUUGCAUUUUAGAUGUUCUGGUCUUCAACCUUCAGUUCACUAUUCGAAAUGUAUCAUUUACUAAUAAUUUGAAUGAUCCCCGAGAUGAAGAUUAUUUGAAGUUAAAAUCUCAACUGGAAAGUUCGGUAAGAGUUAUAAAAUUGAUGGAAGACGAUGUUGAUGAGAAGGAAUGCUCAUAUAAUGAAGAAUUUUACUUAGGUGUAUGGACGUUGUAAUUUUGAAAAAUUGUUGAACAAAACAUACUCCGAAUGGAGAAGCAUGUCGUCAGAGCAAGCGCCUUUCACCAAUGAAAUCGUGGGUUAAUCGAUUCGUUGCCCACUCAUGCGUACAGAGUCCGUCAACACUCUGCCGAAAGUCGCGGGUUUUCUCCGGGUACUCCGAUUUCCUCCCACGGGGAAAGUUGUCAAGGUGAAUUAGGGUAAACACAUGCAGUUAAAGUUAAGAAAGUAAUCAUAAUUUUUGUGAAAGAUAAAAUAGUUUAGGCCAACUAUGUAGUUAGGUAAUGAGAUUGACCUGUGUUUCAUCUGAUAUUUUGUGCAUGAAAAUAAAAGUAAAUAGGUAAGCUUAAUACUUGAUGUAAAGCGCAUUUGAUUAUAUCCACAUGCAUGUAAACUUGCGCUAAAAGUGCUAAAGAAAUCUUAAUAUUUUAGUGUCCGUUAAAAGCAUUGGAAAUGCUUUAUCCGUGUUAUUUCUGUUUAGGUGGAUAAUGUGUACAAUAAAUCUGAUGAACGAAGCUUUUACAUUGCGCCUGCACGUUUGCAAUGGUUUAGGUAAGAAGUAUUCUCUAUAUUGUUCUUCUCUUUAACCAAAAGUUACUUAAGUAUAUUGCUCAUGGUUGCUCAUGUGGGAAGUGAUCACCAUGACCAUUGUAAAUGAAAUAAUGUAAAUUUUGAAAAGCUGGCCGAUCAUUAUUAGCCAAUGUCCGAGCAUCUACACACUUGAACGGAUAUUUCUCAGACCCAAACGAAAUUGUUAUAAUCCACACUCAUAUCGACUGAAUCUCUAUCAAUACUAGAUUCCCCUUAUUAUGUUUUCGUAGCGCUUUGCAUUGUGGUUAUAGUGGUAUCACUGAUAUUCAAGAUGGCUUAUUUUUUGUCCUGACCCGUGCAAGAACUUUAAAAAAAGCUAGGGUUAGGUGCGCGAUAGCCAACAGCAAAAUAUUCGCGUAAACAUUCAAUAUUUUCAUUCGAGGCCACUAUCUUUAUCAGUGAUACCACUACAACCACAAUGCAAAGCGCUACGAAAACGUAAUAAGGGGAAUCAUCAAUUGUCCUUUGACUUCUGUCCAGUUCACACGGUACUGGAAUUAAUUCGAUCCCUAUUCUCAUAAUUUUAAGAUCCCCCUUUUCGAGUGCACACGGAACGCAUGAAACCUGACUUACCUGAAGAAUUUGAAAGCACGGCUAUAACCGUACAAAUUCUGAUAUAAACAUAUAGAAACGAACGAAUUCGCGUUUGGGUACGACAUGCAUGCAGUUUUUAGUGAAUUAACAUAGUCGUAUAAAUAUCAAAAAUGUUUUUCUAUAAUUUAGCCAAGGUCCAUCAAAUACAGUGACAGCAAACUUCAGUAUAUUCUUCAACCCAUUAGUAAGACAAAUGUCGAUGGGUGAUGUUCGGACAGAGUUCAUUUCAAAUUUGGCAACAACAGCAAAUGGUCAGUCAGUGCUUGAACCGCGUUACGAGCUGACUAGUAGCAGUAUUGCGGCAGGUUUGUACUUUUAUUUGUACAAAAUAUAGUGUAUAGGAUUUGUAUGCUUUUUACGGUCUUACGACAAAGGGUUCGAUUCCGAAAUUGACAAUUAAUAUAUUCUCAAUCCAAUUCUAAAAAUUAUUUGAGGACAUAGAUAUUGAGAAAGGAAUAGACGUUAUGUAUUCAAAUAAUUUUUUAAAGUUAUCGUACUCUUCCCUAGCCUGCUUGCAGCCCGAAAUUUCAUUAAAGCCAAUUUGUGUCGUAAUACUAAAGCCUGGUUUCCAUUUAGUCCUAACUAUCGUGAACAUGCCAUGAUGACUAAUGUAUCAUAUUUCUAUAUAGUCAGCACACAAAAGACGAAAUAGAUGCAGACUAGCUAUUUCACAUCGUUGAACAUGACUUGGUCACGACAAUUUACGAUAGGGAACCAGGUUUAAAGGCCCGGUCACACUACACAACGAUAACGAUACGAUAAAUUGUAAACACGCGAUAAUUGGCAAAAAAAUUGUGUUAGUGUCCACACAACAACGAAAAUGAUAAAAUUAUCGUUAGACGAUAACGAUAACGAUUUUAAAAUCGCUCAUCUGAGCGAUUUUUUUUUCAGCCGGACGAUAACGAUAAAUUUUUGACCAAUCGGCGCGCGUGUACAAGUUAUCGUAUCGUUAUCGUUGUGUAGUGUGACCUGGGCUUAACUGUUGUCAAUGGGUUUAACGUGUAACUGUACAGCGACAGACAAUGAAAGAGUUUUUGUUGCGUAUAUUAUAAAUAUGUUCAAAACACGCAGCCUAAAGUUUUUUUGUGGAAUACUUGGAACUAGUACGCGAGCGUUGAUUGAUGGAAAAGUGUGUUUCUACAACUGUAUGUAAGGAAACACGAGAAAUUUCCUGUCUCGCAACUUUGUUAAGUUUACUUAAAUAAAACAAUUUUAACACGCGCUGAAAAACCAAAAGACAACAAGGGAAUUCUCAGUUUAAACAUAGUUAAUAGAAUAGAUGGUUUGGAAACUCAUUAGAAUAACAAUAUAACUCAUUAUCGAUGUUAGUCAACGUUUAUUCAUAAAGUCAUAAAUAUAUUCUUCCACCGUCACGUGUGUAUUGUAUUUUUGCCAAAUCCACCAAUAGCAAUUCCCAAUUUACCCUAUUGUUCGAGUCACUGAUAGGUAACUUUGCGAAAACAUUGCUAUUGGUUAGUUGGGCAAAAAUACAAUACGCACGUGACGGUGAAUGAUCAUGUUUAUGAAUAAACGUUGACUAACAUAGAUAAUGAGUUAUAUUGUUAUUCUAUAAUGAGUUUCCAAACCAUCUAUUCUAUAUUAGCUAUGGUUUAAAUAGAAGAGAACUUGACAAUUUAUAGUCAGGCAAUUGGUCGAGUGGAUUUUAUGUUGAGGUAAUGAGAAUAUGUAAAUUAAUCGCUGCCACUGUUUAUUUCUCGUUCUCCUAAACUCCCACGAACGUUUCUGUGACUGUAUAGAAACACGGGAAAUAUUUUGUAUUUCUUAAACGUUUCACCGUUUUCGGAGUGACAAUUGUUUUGUAUUUGAUACUAAUCCUCAGUGGUUUCUUUCAAAACGUUUCUCAAUUAGUUCCAAUGUAAUUAAUUCCAUAGCAGAAAAGUAGUGGCUCAAAUAUCACCAAUGACUUAAAAACUACUCUAAAGACACAUAAACAUUGAAUAAAACUAUUAAUUGCCUAAAUGUAUUUUUCAGGUGAUUAUAAUGAAUGUAGCUAUAGUCCCAGCGUGUGUGACAGUGAUGAGUUGUGCCAGAAUUAUCCAGGAACAUAUCGAUGUUAUUGUAGCAGUCCUCGAGCGGUCAAUAUUAACAACGUUUGCACAAGUAAGAACUCUGAUCUAUAUGAAUGGAUUCAUAAAUAUGCUGAACAUGUUUUAAAUCAUGCCUUCAUGACUUGGGGGAGGGGGAGUGACUCCCCAUGUGUGUGUGCUAUACAGGUAUACAUGCCGCCCCGAAGUAUCUCACUUUGACUUGCUAUAUGAUCUGAUAUCGAGAUAUAAAUUGAACUUGGGUCGGUUGUGUGUAUUUUCGUCUGAAAUCGGGUACAGAUUUGGAGAACAGGUUGAAAUAAAGUAUGGAAAUUCGGUGAUAUUUUUCUCUUAUAGAAACGUAUAAGGGUCUCAACAGUCAACUUCUUGACCCCCGCAAAAUUCUGAGGAAUACCCCCUCCACACCAUCCUCCGCUGUCCAAUUUCUGAUUCAGUCUAAACACAGAGAAGUUUGUUGAAAAACGAGAUGAUAGCCAAGUGUGUUUGGAAUAUAAAUUGGCCUUGGAAUGUAUCAGAUAUAUAAAUGGCUAAGGACUUCUCAACCCAAUCACUUAAUUAUGGAAAUAAUUCGCUUCUAAAAUUAGGUCAAUUUACGAGAAUUUGAUAUCUCAGUUUUCUUAACUACAUCUCGCUAGCGAAUUUUCCUUGUGUUGCUAUACCCAUGGAUUCUUGAUGGCUUCUUGAGCGAAAAAAAUUCUUGCAACUCGAGUCGUUUUUCCUUCGAACAACAUCAUUUAACGAAACAUUUCAAUAAUAUUGAUAUAUUUUCUCAAAAAGCCAUCACACUAACAAUAACACGAAAUUCUUGUUCCUUAAUUGUUUUAUUUCAGACGUGAUUACUUACGAAGCUGGUCUUUUAAUUCUUAAUAUUCCAUUUGUUCCUGAAUUGGAUGAUCCAUAUUCUUUACUUUUCCUUCAACUUGCUGAAGAUGUACAGAUUCAGGUAAG